AUGGCAUCGCUGACAUCUUCAAGCCGCAGAGCUUCCUCAUCGUACCGCUCAUCAGCACGCUACAGCACUUCUAGCUCUUACUGCACAGAGGGGUCUCUGGGUGGAUCAUCUGAUUCACUGGAUACAAUUCUUGAGCCUUUUCUCGACUACGCCGAUCAUUCCAGUCUGUUUGGAGAGGAAGGCCCUGGAGGACCAAACUGUCUGGCCCCAUUCAGAAGGCACAGCAGACCCUUCUAUGGGCAUGAUGCUCCUGUGGGGGGCGCUGCAACAGUUGGACAGACCAGCACAGGUGGUGUAGUGAGGUGUCUGGGAGACAGCUACUACAUGUCAGCUGAUGUCAGCCAGUUUGAGCCACAUGAUGUAGUGGUGCUGGCCUACAACCAACACGUGGUCAUCCACGCCCAGAAGGUUUUGGAUGACGGCAGCAUCAGUGACACGUUCACCCAUAAGUCCCUGUUCCCUGAGGAUAUGGACCCCCUGUCAGUCAGUGGGACCCUUAACCCUGACGGUACCCUGGUGGUGAGUGUUCGCCGGAAAUCAGCACUCACUGGGAAAGAGCACCUGGCUAUCCCAGUCUACAACAGUGGGGCUGACCUCUGA